UUCCCGACAGCCAAGCCAGCUAAGUAAUUAUUAAUGAGCAAACCUCCAAAGCCACUGAAGAGAGAAAGUCAGAGAGGGAGGGGCGUUAAGUGUCACCGAUCUCGUGUUUGAGAUUUCGUAUUUUCGUUCUCCACCUCUCGUCUGCGGUUGAGGACUUCUGUAAGGCUCCUGGUGGCGGUGAGAUGGCGACCAGGACCGAGAUGUUCUGUGAAAUCCUGAUAGCGAUCUUGCUUCCCCCGUUGGGUGUCUUCCUCCGACAUGGUUGUUGCAGUGUAGAGUUCUGCAUCUGCUUGCUCUUGACCAUGUUAGGUUAUAUACCAGGUAUAAUAUACGCCAUCUAUGCGAUCGUUGUGGUGGAUCACGAUAGGUACAGAGCUGAUUAUUGGGAACCCAUCAACUAACUCACCCCCCUUUUCUUUCUAUGUCUCAUUUCUCUUCUUGCUGUUUUCACUGUAAUGUAUUUCAGACUCUCUAUUGCUCUUUCUUAAUUAAAAUACAUGUAUCGUUUUAUUUCAGUAUAUUUCUUGUUUUAGCCCCAAUUUCCAAAUUAAGAGAAAUAACAACUAUGAUCAACAAUGAUUUUUUAUUCUUAGA